CGCUUCUAGAGGAGAAAGGUGUCCAAAGUUCUCUCUUUGAGUUCACCCUUCGCUGAACCUAAACUUGGCGGGAGGCGGGCGGGGAGCAGUGGGAGAAAGAUGGAGAGGUAGGGAACAGCCUGUCAGGAUCUCCUGGACACUUUAUAAAAAAUUCACAUUUUUGGAGAGCCUCCUAGAAAUAUCUUAUUUGGCAGGCUUGGGGUUUAGGCCAGGAUUUUUGUUUGUUUGUUUGAACUCCAGUGGCUUCUGUUGAACUGCCCCAAACCCGGCUGUUGGGCCCAGUUACUAAAGGCACUUCCAAUAGGGGGAUUGCUUCCGGUUCCCAGCCCGUGGCGGAGGGGUGGGGUUGGGGGGGGGGGGGUGCAGAGUGAAACCUCUGUCCAGGUAGCUGGUGCGCACUUGCCCAGCCUGCGAUUGCCAGAGCAGAGCACCCAAGGUUCCCAAGCUGCCAGUGCGCAGGCGCUGCUCGUUCGCCCUCCCCCCCCGGAGACCCGCCUCCGACGCCUGUACUGGAGACCCCGGCAUGGUGGCCUUCCUCUCGCGCAGGCUCAGGACGGGUCUCGGGAGGCGGGGCUGGAACCCGGGUGUUGCUUGGAUCUUUGUGGGUUCAGCUACUCCUGGUGCGCAGGCCAGCCAUGGGGAUUGCGCCCUGAGCCAGUGACAGAGUGCGAAGUGUCCCUCCGACUGCCCGCCUGCGAGGGGCUGAGGGGGCCUGGAACUGGGCGGAGUUGCAGGGCCCAUCGGUUCCCUGUGAGCUCUCCAGAAGCAAUUCUGGAGGAGCGCGGGGCACCGAGAUCUCAGGUGUGGCUGUGGCCAUUUUCUAGUGGUCUCCAUGGGAGCUGGGUCCUAGAGUUCGGUCUCCAGAAGGAGGGCGGCGGCCAGGCUUCUGAGGCAUCUGGGAGUGCGAGAAGGGAAAGAGCAUCGCCUCCCGCAGCCACAGCCGCAGCCGCACUGCGCUCAGCUGGGACGCCAGUCUGGGGUUUACAGCCCUGCUGUGGGUCCUGCGGGUCGGCUGGGCGUCGCUGCGCGAAGUGGGGAUGCCCGGUGUCAUCCGGCUCGCUCCCCGCUCCCUGAGCCCCGGGAGGAUCGCAGGGCCGCCGCCUAAUGACAGAGAUUUGGAUCUAGUGAAAGGACUAGUCCCAGCUAUGGACUCCAGAGUUUCAGUUCUCCCUUCCCAGGACCCUGCUCUUCCUCCAGAGAGAGGCCUAGGAGAAAAGGGAACAGCCAGUUUAUUCCUGAAAGCCAGACCUCAGGACCUGAUGACAUUUGAGGAUGUGGCUGUGGAAUUCACCUGGUGGGAGUGGGGGCAGUUGGACCCUUCUCAGAAGGACCUGUACCGGGAGGUGAUGCUGGAGAAUUUCAAGAACCUGGCCUCCCUGGGGUUUCCAGUGUCCAAACCAUAUAUGAUCUGCCAGUUGGAGGAAGAGGAAGAGCCCUGUAUUUUAGAGAGAGAAAUCUCAACAGGUGUCCACUCAGAUUGGGAGAGAAGGCCUCAAGCCAAGGAACCUAUGCUAAGUCAGGGACUUUCCAAAGAAGAAUUAUUUCAGAGAGCAUCAGUGGAGAAACACAUUAGAGAUGAAUUCAGGUCCUCCAAACUGAAAGCAACCUGUGGUUGGGAUGACCAGGUAGAGAUGCAUCCAAAAAAACAGGAGAGACAUCUGAAAGAAACGUCACUCACUCAAAAAUCUCCUCCCACCCUUAAGAGAGGUCAUGAAUGGAGUGAAUUUGGGACCAGUCCAGGUUUAAGAUCAGUCCCUAUUAACCAACACCAUGUUCCCACAGGAGAAGGAUACUAUAAUUGUGAUACAGAAUUCAGACAGACUUCAGGGAGAAGUAACUCUCAGAGAACCCAACCAGGGAAGAAAUCUUGCAAAUGCAAUGAAUGUGGGAAGUUGUUCCAUUUCCAGUCAGAACUUCAGCGCCAUCAGAGAUGUCACACUGGAGAAAAGCCCUAUGAGUGCAGUGAAUGUGGAAGAGCCUUUGGUCAUAUUUCAUCCCUUAUUAAACAUCAGAGAACUCAUACUGGAGAGAAGCCCUAUGAAUGCAGUGAAUGCAGAAGAGCCUUCAGCCAGAGUUCCUCUCUUGUUCUACAUUAUAGAUUUCAUACAGGAGAGAAACCCUACAAAUGUAAUGAAUGUGGAAGGGCCUUUGGCCAUACUUCGUCCCUUAUUAAACAUCAGAGAACUCACACUGGAGAAAAGCCCUAUGAAUGCAGAGAAUGUGGGAGAACCUUCAGCCAGAGUUCCUCUCUCACUGUACACUACAGAUUUCAUACAGGAGAGAAACCCUACAAAUGUAAUAGGUGUGGGAGAGCCUUCAGCCAGAGUUCAUCUCUCACUCAGCAUUAUAGACACCAUUCUGGAGAGAAACCCUACAAAUGUAAUGAGUGUGGAAGAGCCUUUGCUCACACUGCCUCCCUUAUUAAACAUCAGAAAAGUCAUGCUGGGAAAAAAAUCCUAUGAAUUUAGCCAAUGCAGGAAGGCUUUCAGCUGGAAAACACACACCACUAAACCUCAGAGGAUAUACUGAAUUAUAUAUUAGAAAGCAAUCCUAGGAGUGCAACGAAUGUGGGAAGACUUUUGGUCAGAGGACACAUUUUGCUCAACAUCAGACAGGACACACCAAACCGAAGCUCUAUUAAGAGGGGGUGGGCUUUCAUCAUACCUCCUCCCUUAUCAAACACAAGAGAAUUCAAACCAGUAAGAAACUAUGUGAAUAUAAUGGAUUUGGAAAGGCUUUAGUUAGUGGGUCACAUAUUCAACAUCAGAGAGUUUAUUAUUUUUAAGAUUUUUUUUUGAUAUGAACCAUUUUUAAAGUCUUUAUUGAAUUUGUUACAAUAUUGUUUCUGUUUUAUGUUUUGGUUUUCUGGCCAUGAGGCAUGUGGGAUCUUAACUCCCUGACCAGGAAUUGAACCCACACCCCCUAACCACUGGACCACCAGGGAAGUCUCCAUACAUGGGAGAAUUUAUACUGGGGGAAAGCCUCAUCAGUGUAAUCAGUAUAGCACAGGCUUCAGUCACAUAGUGUUUCAAAAGCAAACAAAAAUCCCUGAAACAACUCCAGAUAACUCAUACAUAUUUCACAUUAGUAACAGGUUAAGUUUUCUUUCAAAGGGCAAAGUGAAGUGAAAGUCGCUCAGUCAUGUCUGACUCUUUGUGACCCCAUGGACUAUACAGUCCAUGGAAUUCUCCAGGCCAGAAUACUGGAGUGGGUAAGCCUUUGCCUUCUUCAGGGGAUGUUCCCAAACCAGGGAUUGAACCCAGGUCUCCUGCAUUGCAGUCAGAUUCUUCACCAACUGAGCCACAAAGGAAGCCCCAUAUAUAUAUCCUUUUCCCCCCAAGUGUCCUUCUCUAACCCUCACUCAGGUCUUUAUAUGCCUGGAUGCCUGAAACUUUGUAGCUGGUUUUUGCCUAACGUAGUCCCUUUCCCUUAUGUAUCUCUGGCCAUGUUAAUCAUUCUCAUCAGUAGGCACCUAUCCUGCCACCCUGUCCUGCCCCCAAAGCCUCUGUUUUGCCUAUAGGAUAAAGGCUCACCUCUCAGUUUGACAUUCAAUGCCCUCUUCAGUCUGCCCUAACCUCUUGCUGUUCCUGGUAAGAACCUCCAUUUCAGACAAACUAGCUUGUUUGCCAUACCUCAAACAUGCGUCCACACUUUCCAGCCUGGGCUGUUCUGCCUAACCUGUUCCACCAGCCUGGCAUACCCU